AUGUAUUUUAAUUAGGUGUCAGUAGCUAGCAGUCGGAUGCUUAACUAUGCAAGCACGGCUUAGUCUUCACCUAACUGACACAAAUAAUUGUUUGGAAUAACAUAUUCGUCCGUAAUUAUUAACGUGAUAUUAUAAUGUCAAGUUGCUCUCUUUGCUUACUCUGACAAAUUUUAUUUUCGUAUAGGUUUGGUUAGCUAUGUAUUGUGUGCAUUCACAUGCAGAGAUUUAGAGCAAUACUCUUAUGCAUCUUGGAAGGGGAGCCUUGGCGCAGUGGUAAAGCUGCUGCCUUGUGACCAUGAGGUCAUGGGUUCAAGUUCUGGAAACAGCCUCUUACAGAAAUGUAGGGAAAGGCUGCGUACUAUAGACCCAAAGUGGUCGGACCCUUCCCUGGACCCUGCGCAAGCGGGAGCUACAUGCACCAGGUUGCCCUUUUUUUACUCUUAUGCAUCUUGGUUGGAUACGUAGUAGUAGUACAUAACCACGUAGUCCUAUCAAGACAGAGUUGCCAUGUUAGGUUGUGCUUGUUUUUGGAAUUGUCGAUCUAAAAAGAUACCGGAUCUCAUCUGCCUCGAGCCUUAAAUGCAAAGCCGCAGGAACUAGGUGCAUUGAUCAGAACAAACCAUGCAUAAACUAUAGUAAAGCUAGCCUUUGAUUUUUUUAAGCACAGUUGAGAGAUAGAUAAAGGAAAAUAAAUAAAUCUAUGUACUUAGAGAGGGGGUGGGAAGAGAGAUUGUUGGGGACGCCAGAAAUCGUUGGUGCCGGACCUGAGGAAACGGAAAUCACAGAUGAGGAUUGGGAUAGAUCUCACAGAUGAGGAUGAGGAUGAGGAGCCGGACCUGAGCAAGCAGAAAUCGUUGAUGCACAGUGCAUUCAUAUACGAUCCAACUACAGCCACAUUUUCUGAUCCUGUUGCUCGACAACGAGUUGGAAACAGCACGGUCCUUGAAGAAUCUUGCUUACUCACAUCAUCUGAUAUCUCGAUGUUGUCUGAUGGCUCGGUGAGUGCUUCGUUGGGCGCCAUGAGACCGCUUGUCGAGAAGCUCGACAUGCUGCUAGCCUCCGCUCAGGAAUACAGUAGCUUGCCCAAGAGGAUCAAGGAUGGGAUGCAGCUUCUCAAACAUGAUGUUGAAGUGUUAAGCUUCUACCUUGAUGAACUCGCAGAGGUGGAGGACCCUCCACCGAUGGCCAAGUGCUGGAUGAAUGAGGCGCAUGACCUGUCUUACGAUAUGGAGGAUUAUAUUGACAUCUUAUUAUUUGUUCCACCUGACCAUUUCAUCAAAAAGAAGAAAAAGAGGAGGAGGAAGAAGAAGAUGAUGAUAAAGAAGAGGCUCAAGUGGUACAAACAGAUUGUAUGCAGAGCGCAAGUGUCAGAACAUGGUAUCAAGACCAGUAAAAUCAUUCAUGUUAAUGUCCCUCGUCUUCCUAGUAAGCCCAAGAUUGCAAAAACAAUAUCGGAAUUCAGGAGCUAUGUCCAGGAGGCUAUUGAACGGUAUGACAGGUAUAGCCUUCAGUGCUGCAGCACCUUGAGGCGUAGAUUCUUGUCCACUAGCAUUAUGCUUCCAAUGCCCUAUGAAGAAGCUGCACACAUUGUAAUUGAUGGCCGGAUGAAUGAGUUUAUCAACUCACUGGCCGCCAAUGAUGCGGCAGAUCAGCAGCAGCUCAAGGUGGUAUCUGUUGUUGGAUCUGGGUGUCUGGGUAAAACUACACUUGCCAAUGUUUUGUAUGACAGAAUUAGGAUGCAAUUUGAAUGCAGAGCUUUCAUUCAAGUGUCCAAAAAUCCUGAUAUGAAGAGACUUUUCCGCGACUUAUUCUUGCAACUCCACAAGAAGAAGCAGCCACGGCCCGCCAAUUGUAAUGAUUUUGACAUCAGCGAUAUUAACAUCAGCAAACAUCUGCAAGAUAAAAGGUAUCUAAUUGUUAUUGAUGAUUUGUGGGAUGCAUCAGUAUGGGAUAUUAUUAAAUAUGCUUUCCCGAAAGGAAACUGUGGUAGCAGAAUAAUAAUAACUACACAGAUUGAUGAUGUUGCAUUAACAUGUUGCUGUGAUCACUCAGAGCAUGUUUUCGAGAUGAAACCUCUCGACGGUGAUUACUCAAGAAAGUUAUUUUUUGAUAAAUUUUCUGGUUCUGAAAGUGACUGUCCUGAAGAAUUCAAACAAGUUUUGAAAGAAAUUGUUGAUAUAUGUGGUGGUUUGCCGCUAGCAACAAUCAACAUAGCUAGUCAUUUGGCAAACCAGGAUACAGAAGUAUCAAUGGAUUUUCUGGCAUACACACGUGAUACGCUGAGGUCCUAUUUGUGGUCAAAUUCUACUUUAGAAAGAACGAAACAAGUAUUGAACCUCAGCUACAAUAAUCUUCCACAUUAUCUGAAGACAUGUUUGCUGUAUCUGCAUAUCUAUCCAGAGGCCUCCAUAAUCUGGAAGGAUGAUCUGGUGAAGCAAUGGGUGGCUGAAGGGUUCAUUGCUACAAGAAAAGGGAGAAAGCAAGAUCAAGAAAUGAUAGAGAAAGCUGCAGGACUCUAUUUCGAUGCACUUAUUGAGAGAAGAUUCAUCCAACCUUCAUAUAUCAACUACAACAAUAAGGUGUUGUCCUGUACUGUUCAUGAAGUAGUACGUGAUCUUAUUGCACACAAAUCUGCAGAAGAGAAUUUCAUUGUGGUAGUAGAUUGCAAUCGGAAGAAUAUAGCACUUUCUCAUAAGGUUCGUCGACUAUCUCUCGUCUUUGGUGAUGCAAAGUAUGCCAAGAUACCAGCAAACAUCACAAAGUCACAAGUUCGGUCACUUAGAUUUUCUGGAUUAUUUGAGUGCAUGCCUUGUAUUAGAGAAUUCAAGGUUCUCCGUCUUCUGGACCUUCAACUAUUUGGUUAUUGUGGUGACCCUGACCCCAUAGACCUCACUGGUAUUUCAGAACUGUUUCAGCUGAGAUAUUUGAAGAUUGCAAGUGAUGUCUGUAUAAGACCACCAAAUCGUAUGCAAGGCCUGAAAUGUUUGGAAACACUGGAUAUUCUGAAUGCAACAAGAGUCACUGCUAUUCCAUGGGAUAUUAUGCAUCUCCCACACUUGUUGCACCUGAUUCUUCCUGUUGACACAAACCUGCUGGAUUGGAUUGGCAGCACGAGUGACUCUGUUAUCCAUGAGUGGAGCCUUGGCAAGCUGAACUACCUGCAGGAUCUUCAUCUCACUUUUUUUCCUACAUUACCUUUUUACAAUCAUCUGGAGGCAAGCAUGGAAGUUCUGGGUUCAUUAAUCGGAGGACAUGGCAACCUCAAAACCAUAGUAGUGGCUCAUGGUUCUUCAGUUAAAAAUAUUGUGGAUCAUAGUAUUGGCUAUCGUGCUUCAAAAGCAAUCAUUCCAUUGUUUUGCAUGGCACCUCCCCCCCUUCUCCAGAGAUUUGAGUUCUCACUGCACAACUGCUGCAUAUUCUCACAAAUUCCUCCAUGGGUUGAGAAACAUGGCAACCUAUGCAUUUUGAAGAUUCCGGUGAGGGAAUUGAUGAUGAUUUGUGUUGAUAUUCUUGGUGGAUUGCAUGCCCUGACUACUCUGUCACUGUAUGUGGAAACGGCGCCCAUUCACAAGAUCAUCUUUAACAAGGCUGCCGGGUUCUCAGUUCUAAAGUACUUCAAGUUGAGGUGCACGACUGGUAUCCCAUGGCUAAAAUUUGAGGCGGAUGCAAUGCCUAAUCUCUUGAAGCUCAAGCUAGUUUUCAAUGCCAUCCCACCAAUGGACCAACCUCUCUUUUUUACUUCGGGCCAGCUACGACACAAAGUACGACAUGAACAUGGUACUGCAGUAAUUAGCAUCGAGCAUAUGCCAGGACUCAAAGAGAUCUCUGCACAAUUUAAGGGUGCAGUUUCUGAUCUAGAGUAUGCCUCGAGGACCUUCAUCAGUAAUCAUCCAAGCAAUCCCACAAUCAACAUGCAGUUGGUGGGUUGUAGUUCCAAUGUUGACGGAAGCAGAAAACGGAAACAACAACCGGAUAGCACUCUGAAGGAUGAAUACGCCAAGAGAUUAGAUAUACCAGCUGAUAAAAGGAUUGCAACGUCGCUGGAGUUUUCUUCAAGUCUGGAUGAUCUGCCUAUGUCUGUGUCCCAAUUUUUUGACUAUCCAGCUUUUUCUAUCUGUCAACCUGUGGAGUCUUCUUCGAGGCUGGAUGAUGCAGAAAUUACACCAAGCGGCAGUGAUGAGGGGCGGGAACACAUGUUCGACAAGGUGGUCAACCCAAGCGACGUGGGGAAGCUGAACCGGCUGGUGGUGCCGAAGCACUUUGCAGAGAAGUACUUCCCUCUAGAUGCAGCGGCAAACGAUAAGGGCAUGCUGCUCAGCUUCGAGGAUCGUGGGGGCAAGCUCUGGCGGUUCCGCUACUCCUACUGGAACAGCAGCCAGAGCUACGUCAUGACCAAGGGGUGGAGCCGCUUUGUCAAGGAGAAGAAACUCAACGCAGGGGACACCGUUUCCUUCUGCCGGGGCGCCACCGAGGCCACGCGGGAUCGCCUCUUCAUCGACUGGAAGUGCCGGGCCGUAGUCCAUGAUUCGUUGCCAAAGGUAGACAGGCCGUCGAGGGCGGUCCAGAAGCGGGUGCGGCAGUUCGGAGUCAAUCUCGACACCCAGCAGCCCCAAGGUGGCGAGUUAACCCACGAUGCCAAUGCCGGUGCAGCUGGAGUGGAGUCCUCAGCUGCUGCCUCAUCACCGUCGUCCUCCCAGACAGAAGCACAUUCCUCCUUGGAUCUCGGUCUGUGAAUGCGUGCCCAAGGAAAGUUCAACAGCACAAUUCCUUCAGUUUGUCAUCUUUAUUUUCUUCUCCACCUUUUGUGGUUCUGUCUGUUAUAACAUUGAUUGAUAUAGGCCAGCAUUUAAGCUUCUGUUUAGGCCAUUCAAAUUCUUGGUGUUGGUUUCAGAAUUAGUAGAUAGAGAGAGAAUGAAAUUAGGCGAAUUAAACAAAUCCUUCAUGGAUUUGUUUGGAUUCAGUUGAAAUUCCUUCAUCUUCA